AUGUAGACAUUCCCGAAAAAGAUCCAAAAUUCGUAUUGUUAGAUUUAGGUCCUUUUUGUAAUUGCACACUUGAUAAAUAUCCUGGAUAAUCAUGCUAAUUUGAUGAUUAUCAACAUACUUUAUAAGUUGUAACUCUUUUUAUUUCCCCUUCCUAUUUGGGGUUUAACAUUGGCCAGGGUUUUUUUGCACAAAUUCUUAUUAAUAUAUAGAUUUAUUAAGAUGGAGAUUCGGCUUGUUGAGACAAUUUUUCCCAUUGCAAUGAUGUUUCCCACAAUUACAUAAGUAAACACCAUCAAUUACCUCCAAGAUGAUCAAAAUAUUGUUAAUAUUUGUCAUCCUCCUGACUAUAUCGAUUUUUUUGAUGAUUCACCAACUUCUCAAAAACCUAUCAUAAAAUUCCAUAAUACUUUAGAUUAAGUGUAAUUGAACCCUUUGGAUGAAUUCGAGUUUUUAUUAGAACUGGAUGAACGUAUAAUUAUUUUUUAAGCAGGCAUAUUUUAUUAUUAAUAAUGCCAAUUCACUGAAAUUUAAAGAAUUUCUUGA